CAACGACGGAAUAUUCGCGGUUUAACUUGUAGGACAUCUCUUUUGAAAGUUCCGCUAAUAAAAGUGAGCGCAAAUCUAAUUUUCCCGCCAGUGUUUUCCGCGGAAUUUUCACUUUUAUGGAUCCUUAUAAAAUGUAUAUUAUAUUUUAUCAUGAAGCGAUUAACGCUUUGUGAAAAUUUAACUGCCUACAGCUUCCGAAAUAAGAUACGGAUUGUUAAGUCUGCUGUCAUAAAAUUUUACGAAUUAUGAUAUGAAGGUUGUUUAAUAAGAUGUGGCGAGAUGAAUCAUCUUACUCGUGAGUGUUCAUUGUUCUUAUUUACAGGGCUGGAAGCUCAUUCAUAUCACAUUAGUUAUUUCAUCCCGUCUUCACCAUUAAUAAGUUUUUUCAGUGUUUUAUUUUCAUAAUAUGUUGUUUAUUUUGAAGGUUAAAGAGGUUUCUCGACGUUAGGUCACUAUUCUACAACGUUUAUUAGUUACUCAGUUUGUUUGAGGACUCCGAAGAACGUAGUGGUUACGGUAUCUCGUCAGUGGUACAGAAAGGAUUUAUUGUGAUUACUCUGAGUGUAUUGAGAUUCAGUUUGUGAGUAUUAGAAAGUAGCUUCAGUGACUGACGUGUACGUUUCAUUAUUUUUGAUGGUAAGGCCAAACGUUUUCAAAUUCUGUCCAGCCUCGCAGUUGGUCCAUCUAAUUGUCCAUGUGAUAACAGUCGGACGAGGGAUUUCUGUCAUUGAUGGACCCUUAUGGAGCAGUAUCGGCAGAUCUAUUCGACAUACCAGCUGCGGAACAAGAAAUAACUGUUGGGUCUAAUGAUCAACCAAUUGUAUCAGGCAAUGCAAAUUUACCAGGAGUUGGACAUUCUGCUGUAUCUAGUGCAGAAACCAUCACUAUGGGAGCAGAUGGAACCUUACACUUUCAAAAGGCACCAUCUAGUCAACAAGGCCCACGCGUCAUAAUGUUGCAAAGGAGUGCCCCAGGGUCUGGACCGACUGUGCCAAACUCUCCGGUUCAACGUCCAGGAUUAAAGACUGUGAAGAUAAUUACUGUUCCGGGUCAAGGUGCUGGAGGUAAACCUCUAAAGGCAGCAGUGAUACCAAUGCAUAUGCUCCAAAGAACUGUCAAAAUACUUCCUGCUGGGGGUCAGCAGGUGAUAAAUUCUAGCGGCGCUACUGUAACAUCAAAUUUCCCACGUGUUCUUACCAUCCGUCCUCAGUUAUCAUCUGGUCCCACAGUCUUGACCGGUGCUACCACUAUUACACCUGUGAGACCUGGCACGCUGAUUUUUUCUGGUGCUCCGUCGACACAGUUCACUGGAUCUUCUGUCAACUAUCAAAGUUCUGAGGAUGUUGAAAAUCAAAUGAUUAUAGGGUCGGGAGGUGAAAUUAUUAAUGGAGCUCCUCACGGUGUCCUUACAACUUCUGGUUAUUACGAUAUAAAUAUGCAUAAUGCCGCUGGCUUCGAACACUCAGCCAGUCCGGCUGGUCGUGAGGAGGGUGAAGAACAAGAACAGGUUACAACCGGUCUGAAAACCAAUGGUCUUCGACGUUAUGCCCGUUGUGUUUGUAACAAGGUUAAAGAGAAAGGUAUAACUUCCUAUAGUGAGGUUGCUGAUGAGCUUGUACACGAGUAUGCUGCUGAACAUCCCAUGAUUCCAUCUGAACAACUUCAUUAUAUUCAGAAGAAUAUUCGUCGGCGCGUUUAUGAUGCAUUAAAUGUUCUAAUGGCCUUAAAUGUACUUCAAAAAGAGAAAAAGGAGAUCCGUUGGGUUGGACUGCCCGUAAAUAUGAUAGAAGAGUGUCGGCGUUUGGAAGAAGAGCGUGAAAAGCGACAGAUUUCUCUGCGGAAUAAAACUGUUGAAAUACAAGAUCUCAUUAUGCAAUUGAUUGCUUUUAAAAACCUUGUAAUGCGCAAUAAAAUCAAUGACCGUUGUAGACGUAGUGGUAUGGUUUCAGAAUCUAACACUUGUGGUGGAUCACGUAACAUCGAUACUGAUUCAGAUAAAAUGACAUCUAAUGGUACUUCGAAAAUUCGUAAUGAAAAGAUUCCUUUACCAUUUUUGGUGAUAUCCACUCACAGGAAAACUGUUAUUGACUGCAAUAUAUCUACUGAUAAGUUGGAAUAUUUAUUUAAUUUCGAUCAAGCCUACGAGAUACGUGAUGAAGUUGAUACCUUAAAGCGCAUGGGUUUAAUGCUACGCCUAGGUACUAUUCAUUGUACACAAGAGGAGUAUAAUCAAUGCUUAGAGUUAGUACCACCAUCUCUAAGAUUUUAUGUAGAGGCCAUUUACGAACGACGUCAGGCCAUUGUACCUGACUUUGAGGCGCUUCAUCAACAAAGAAGGUUAUUCGUUGAAGCCAGAUUAGCUGCUGCGGCUGCAGCCGGUCAUACUGAUGAAGGUGGUGACUCUAUGGGAUCCGGUGGUCAUGGAGGGCCAGUUAACGUGCAUCAACAGUUAGAUCACUCUUUACGUAGUAGUCAGCGAUCACCACUGGAUACCAACUCUCAUUAUACUAGCUUGUUCGAUACAGCGAACACAAGUGUAAAUGAAGGUGGUUUACGGCAACUCUAUUUAAAUCGAAGUCCAGACGAUGAAGACGGUGGUCAUAUUUCUGGAUCUGUUUCUAAUAGUGGAUUUGUGCCUGGUGAUACUCAGCAUUAUGCUCGUGCAGCCGCAUCUCGUGGUUAUGUUGUACCAGGUGGUCCAGGCGGACUUUUACGCCAUCGACAGCAUACUCCAUCUUCCGGAGUUUCUAGCAUUUUAAACCGUCAGUUUAGAAGUGAUGGAGCUUCUCGCAUGGGUUCGUCAACCUUGAUCAGAACUCUAAUUAGUGAUAGCCGUGAAAUGGCUUCUUCCGUAAUCGGCGUCAACAAUGAGCAUCCCAUGGCUCAUAGUGACGAUACAAAUGAUGAACUAGUGGAUCCUGACGAGAUUAUUGAAGAUCAUGGUGAUGAUGAAGACGAAGAUGAAGAUGAUGACGACAUGGAAGAUGUCUAAACAUUAAUUCUAAAAUUCAGAGACGAUAUUUUGCAAUAAUAACUUGUUUUUACCAAUUAUAUCUGUAUCUAUAUUGCGUAAUUUUGUACAUCAGAUUUUUUUUCAUGGUCAUAAAUAAAAGGCAUCAAAGGUUAAACGGAUAGGAUUUCAAGAUUUAUGAAUUUAGUUUAUAAUUAUAUGUUAAUUAUCUUAUUUAUUUCCUACUGAAAUCUUUGUAUUUGCGUUCAUUUUGGUGUAUUUUACAGUUAAUGGUUAAACGUAAAUAGAUAGCCCUUCUUGUUGUUUACAUGUUCAUUUCUUCUUAUUUUCCCUUAAAUUAAUGUUUACAUUCACCCAUAAUAAAAUUUUUGUAUAGU